CUUCUGUGGUUGGAGUCUGGUUUCAGCUGCAGCAGGGAUGGAGUCAAAAAGAAAACAUGAGGACGAAGAUCAGGAGCAGAUUUCUCCAAAGAAAGUCCUAGUCAGUGAAGAUAAACUUCUUAGUUUCUUUCGAUGGUGCAGGGAAACUAAUUUGCGUGUUAGUUCGAAGGUUUUGGUCACGAAGUCUGGCUCUAGUGCCAAUUAUGGGAUGGUGGCUACAGAAGAUAUUCCUGAAGGGAAGUGCUUGUUUGAAAUCCCACGUUCAUUACUACUGUCUCCACAGACUUGUGCAAUAGCACAGCUGCUAGAAUCAGAAUCGUCUUCCAUUGAAAGUCAGAGUGGCUGGGUUCCCCUUUUGCUGGCUCUUAUGUAUGAGUACACAAACCCACAGUCCAAAUGGAAGCCUUAUCUGGAGCUGGUCCCAGAGUUUGAAGAACUACACUUGCCAAUGUUUUGGGAGAGGUCUGAAAUGGAGCAAGAGUUGAGGGGAACUGGUGUAAUAAAGAAUGUGGACAGAGAUUUGGAGUUCAUUGAAAAGGAGUUCAGUGGCAUAGUACUGCCAUUUGUGAAAAAGCAUGAAGAUGUGUUCCCGGCACUUUGUCAGGACUUUGAGUUCUAUAAGAAGAUGGUUGCAUUUGUAAUGGCCUAUAGUUUUACUGAACCAGUUAAAUCUAAUGAAAAUGGCAAUGAAGAUGAGGAAAAUGGAAAUGAUGAAGAUGAAGAUGAAGAUGCAGAGAAAAAAUCCCCUCCUAUGAUGGUCCCUAUGGCAGAUAUCCUGAAUCAUGUAGCCAAAAACAAUGCUCAUUUGUCAUUUGACAAAGACUGCUUGAGAAUGGUAUCCACCAAACCAAUUAGAGAGGGAGAAGAAGUGUUCAACACAUAUGGUCAGUUGGCAAACUGGCAGCUGCUUCAUAUGUAUGGGUUUGCAGAACCAUAUCCAAAUAACAACUAUGACACAGUGGACCUUCCACUACAAAUUCUGUAUGAUGUUGCAAAGCAAGGUAAAGAUGAAGAAGAUCUCCAGCUCCUCACUGAGAAAUGGCAAGUGCUGCAGGAUAUGUCUGUGGUGGUUGAUGAUGCAGCCAUCAUUUUAGGGACUUCUGGGAUACUCACAGAGGAGGAAGCAUAUCAAACCUUGAAGGUCCUUUGCAUGAAUAAAGAGGAAUUUGCUGCAUUAAAAGAAAACAUUGGAUGGAUGGAAGUAGAUGAUGAUAUAUCAUUGAAGAACAGUGAUAUCUCAAAACUUCCAAAAGAGUGGCUGGAAAUACUGGCUAGGGCAGCUAAAGAGGUGCUGAAACUGUAUCACUCCAGCAUGAAGGAGGAUGAGCUGUUGCUGAAACUGGAGAAUUUUGAAAACCUGACGCCCAGGCAACAGUACUCCUUAUACGUUAGAUAUGGACAGAGAAAACUACUCCAGAAUUUAUUGAAUCUCUGCAGUCAGCAGCCUGUAAAUUGAAAGUUUUUUUUAGUAUAUUUCAGAUAUAAUCAUAGAACACUAUCUUAGCUUGUGUUGAUAGAUAGGUUGGUUGUAAACUAAAAACCAAAAUCACACAAACUUUUACUAAGUGUUAGACAGUUAUACUUUUGUAUAUUUGCCAGUGCAUUUUAUAUUUAUUUAUUUAUUUAUUUAUUUAUUUAUUUAUUUAUUUAUUUAAAUACACUUUGUAUAUUUUUUCUGUGUAGAAGAUCCAAACCAUUCCUUAUUUUAAUAUAUCACAUUUUAAGAUGAAAUUUAUAUUGUCACCUUUGUUACUUCCUGAUACUGAAGAUUUGACUCCAGUCAAACUGAAAGGACAUUUCAAAUACGUCCAGUAACAUUCUACCUCAAAAUAUUACCGGUGAGGUGAAUUUUUAUCACCACAUAUAUUUCUGUAUUCAUUUGUAUUUUGGUAUUAAUGAUGGCCAGGUUUAGCCAAUUUGUCGCUGUUUAUUCAUGCAAUGUAAAAUGCUGAUAAGGAAAACAUAGUUUGUAGAUAUUCAAUAAAGUCAUCCUUUUCCAUGCAGUGUUACCACCCCCUCCCCUCUUGCUCUAACAAAGUUGGAGGGAGCAUAUUUUAAACAGGUGUUGGUCUGUCUAUUUGCAGAUGCAGUCCUGUCUAGUCAAAUCCUUCAGAUUCCAAUCACUUUCAGUGAAAUAUGCUUGAAGACCUUGAUAUGUAUUUGCACACCAACAUAGACAUUGAGCUCUCUCUGGUGGGGAAAUGCCCUCUGCCUGUGUUUCACAAACUUCUGAACAAAAUAUGUCAACUAAUAAAUUUGGCACUUGAAGUCUUGUGUUAGUUUAGAAAUGUGUCAUCUUGGUCUCAUUUUAAUGUCUUAAUGAAUAACCCCCCACCCCCCACCCCCCCCAAAAAAUAGUUUUUUAUAUAUAGUGGAUAGUUUUUCUACUGAUCAAUUUUAGUAUAAGUGCAGUGUAAAUUAUUGUUCAGAAAGGGUUUCAUGAUUGGCUGUCUCUCCCACAAGAUAAAACCACCAGAUUACUAACAUAGCACAGUCUUCUUAUUAACUUGUGCACUGAUGUUAGCUAUGCUAGUAUUUUUGGCUGAAGUAAAACACAUUCACAAAUGUAUAUUUAUAAAUUUUAGAAUUAUUAGAAAGAUGAGCUCAUGCAGGCAAGAUGUUACUUUACAGUGAACUACCAUUGGCACUAGUCAGAUUGAACUGCAAGUGUUAAAUAUUAUUCCUUUUACAGAGGAGAUUAAGUCCAAUAAAUUUUAGCAGUGAUUGUGUAAUAAAACUAGCUGUAUUUAUAUUAACCUACAUAUUUACAUACAGGUAUGUUUACAUAAACAUAGUGUUUUGUUGUUCAUAAUGAUGAAAUUCUGCUGUUUUCUUAGGUCAUAUGUAUAUAAUGAUGGUAACUUAGUUUAACUUACUGAUUUUGGUUCCUAUGCAUAUAGGGCUAGCAACUUUACAUUUUAGGUUGAAACAUUUCAGUUUAAAUCUUUUUUUAUGUAUUAAAUGUACUUGGAUGUCUUA